CCCCGUUGACUCUUCCUUGUCUCAGUCAAUGAAUAACUUAAAUGUUCCCAACUUUUCUUCAUCUCGAUCUUCUUUCUAUUCGUUAGAUUCCAAGUACUCAUAAGUUCCCACAUGGAUUCCCAAAAGGAAUUGAACAAAAAAUGGGAAUAUGAUGCCUUCUUGAGCUUUAGAGGUGAAGAUACCCGCAACAACUUUGUGGCCCAUCUCCACAAACGUUUGGAAGAGAGAGGAGUCAACGUAUUCAAAGACGAUGAGAAACUUGAAAGAGGAAGACCCAUUUCAGCUGAACUAUUGAAAGCCAUUGAAGAAUCAAGAGUUGCCAUAAUCAUAUUCUCCAAAAAUUAUGCUUCAUCGGUAUGGUGUUUGGAGGAACUCACCAAACUUAUGGAGUGUGUUGAAAAGAAGGGACAGGAAGCUAUCCCUAUAUUCUACAAUGUUGACCCAUCAGAUGUACGCAUGCAAAGAUCCAAAAGUAGUUUCGCAAAAGCGAUGGCCAAACACAAGGCUAAUUUCGAGGGUAAUGAUUUGGAGAAGGUGCAGAGGUGGACUGACGCUCUCCAAAAAGCAGCCAAUAUAGCAGGAUGGGAUCUUGGUAAAUGUGCUAACGGGAAUGAAGCAGAAUGCAUUGAUCGGAUUGUACACGAGAAAUUUCAAAAUGUGCACCACACAGUUUCAGCAACUGAGAAGUAUUUAGUGGGAGUCGAAUCUCGUACUGGUGGAGUGGAAUCAAUGUUGAAAGUUGGAUCAGGAGGUGUUUAUUUUGUGGGAAUAUGGGGAAUGGGUGGCGUGGGGAAGACAACGGUCGCAAGAAAAAUCUUUGACAAUAUUUCUAAUCAGUUUCAAGGGUCUUGUUUUCUUGCAAAUGUUAGAGAAGAAUCAAAGAAGCAUGGGAUAAAACACUUGCAGAAGACACUUCUUUCAAGAAUCUUAAAUGAAAAAUCUUUGAAGGUAGCAAGUUUUUAUGAAGGAGCUGACAUGUUAAAAGGAAAGUUUUGUCUCAGGAAGGUUUUAAUUGUUUUUGAUGAUGUGGAUGACAACCACCAGUUGGAGUAUUUAGUUGGAAAGCAUGAUUGGUUUGGUGAUGGCAGUAGAAUUGUUACAACAACCCGAAAUGCAGAUUUACUUCGUUGCCACGACGAGUUAUAUUCUGUCCCUGAAUUGGCGAAAUGCGAGGCUCUUGAACUUUUUAGUUGGCAUGCCUUUCAGAAGAGGACUCCAGAUAAAGAGUUUUUAAAACUCUCUAAGUCUGUAGUAGAUUAUGCUAAAGGUUUACCCUUAGCUCUUACGGUAUUGGGUUCUUUUCUCUACAAACGAGGCAUAACUGAGUGGGGAAGCGCAUUGGAUAGACUCAAAGAUACUGGAUAUGAAGAAAUUGUUAAGCAGCUCAGCUUAAGUGUAGAUGGAUUGUCCUAUGAAGACAAGAAUAUAUUUCUUGAUAUUGCAUGCUUCUUUAGAGGAAAAAGGAGAGAUUUUGUGAUAACAAUACUAAAUAGUUUUGGCUUCAAAUCAGAGAUUGGAAUAGAUGUCCUUACAAAGAAAUCACUUCUUUAUAUUUCAGAAGGAAUGGUUGAGAUGCAUGAUUUGAUUGAACAAAUGGGUCAGCAAUUGGCACGUGAUGUUGAUCAGGACAAACCGUGGAACCAUAGUAGAAUAUGGCAUGAAAACGAUAUAGAAACUGUUUUUUCUGCAAAUCGGUGGACAGAGUCAGUAAAAGGCAUAAUGGUACCAAUUGGCUCAGACCGACAUAUAUGCAAGUGGAGCAAAGCUUUCAGAAAUAUGCCUUGUCUUAGGUUACUCAUGGUCAAAGGGGAGGAGGUCCGACAUUAUGAACAAGUUUCUGACACUAUUGAAUAUCUCCCCAGUAGCUUGAAAUGGCUUGAUUGGUCUUACUACAGUUUUGAAUCUUUACCAACAAAUUUUCAACCAAGAAACCUGGUUGGGCUCAACAUGACUUUUAGUUCUCUUGUUGAAAUUUGCAAGGAACCAAAGGCAUUUGUCAAGUUGACGAUUCUCAAUUUAAGUUUUUCAGAGAAUUUACUCCGAACACCCAAUUUUUCUGAGAUUCCAAACCUGCAGAGGAUAAUACUGAAAAGUUGUUUAAGCUUGAAAGAUGUUCAUCCAUCCAUUGGCAAUCUCAAAAAGCUUGUUUCUCUGAACAUGAAGAACUGUAAAAAUCUCAAGUUUUUACCAAGCAGUAUUCAAAUGGAAUCUCUUGAAUGCCUCAACCUCUCUGGUUGUGAGAAAUUAGAUACUCUUCCAGAAAUUCGGGGGAAUAUGGAAUUGCUAUCAGAGCUUCUUUUGGGACGUACUGCAAUUCGGGAACUACCCUCAUCAAUAGGACGGCUCUUUGGUAUUAGUUUGCUUGAUUUGCAUUCAUGUGAAAAUCUUGUAAGACUCCCAGCCAGUGUUAGCGAGAUGAGAAAACUGAAAGUUUUAAUUCUUAAAGGCUGCUUAAAACUGGCAACUUUUCCAGAAAGCCUGGGUGAUCUAGAAGAAUUGGAGGAGCUCUAUGCUGGAAACACUGCCGUUUGGCGACUACCAGAUUCUAUGGAAAACUUAAGCAAACUUAAAAUCCUAUCAUUAAAAGGUAGACGAGAGAUGAAGUGUCAAUCUGCUACAGGUUUGAUAUUCCCUUGUGCAUUUCAUGGUUUGAGGGCAUUGAAAAGUUUGGAUCUCAGUGGAUGCAAUUUAUCUGGUGACGAGAUUAAUGGUCUUACGUGCUUGACUUCUCUAUUGGAACUAAACCUUAGCAGAAACAAGUUUAUUUCUCUACCUGAUGGCAUCAGUCAACUUUAUCAACUUCGAUAUCUCAACAUAACACACUGUCAUGAACUUAAGAAACUUCCCAAACUUCCUCCAAGUAUAAAGGAAUUGUAUUCAGAAGAUUUUCUGGCCAAACAAAUUAUUCUAGCUAUGUCGGUAUACCGAGGGUUGUGUUUGGCCUCAUUCACCAACUAUAGUUUUGAUCAACAACCAUACACAGAGAAGAGCGAUGAUAACUCAGUGUUGGAUGAGAUUCUGAGCUUGUUUCUUUCAGACAGCAUGGAUGAUAAGAUGACUUAUUGUAUUAUCUUUCCUGAACGUGCUAUCCCCACAUGGUUUAAACAUCAGAGUACUGAGGAAAAGAUCUUGCUUAAACUGCCUGAGGAUUGGUAUGAUGAUAGAUUUGAGGGCUUUGCUAUAUGCUGUGUCACUUGCAUGGGGGCAGGUGUCCACGAUCCUGAUUCAGGGCUAUCAGGGAAGUACGACUAUACUUUCAUCAAAGCCAAAUUGAUAUGCAAUAAUCAUAUGGAAGAGCUUGAAGUGCUGGAGAAAGAGUGUAAAGUCAGUACAACGUCUAGAACUUAUAGCUGGUGUGUUUGCUUUGCCUACAUACCAUUGUAUUCUUUGCUGCAGACUUCUGGCACACAAGUUCUAAACUUUAACCAGUAUGGCCUAUUCGAGGCAUCUAUCCAAAGGCACAUUACGAGACAAUGGGGAGUUCAUUUGAUUUACAAGUCUGAAAGACAAUUUUUCGAGAGCAGAACUGAGAAAGGGUUGCUUGCCCAGAAGUUGAGUCUAGUCAAGCCAAUUCGAGUCAAAACGAGAAUUGUUCGAUUAGAAUUACCUAAAUAGGCAGUUAAAGCGAAAUCAUUAAGAAAAGCAGUUGAAGCGUAUACCAAUUGCGAUAGAUGCGGACCCCCUAUCUAAGUGAUAACCCUAGCGCACAUGAGCUUGAGGCCAGACUGAAUAGCUCCACAAGCUGGUGUCUUCAGGGGAUUACCAAGAGUUCACGUUUAAGGAAGCAAAACUCGGAGGUCCAGUGCAUUAUCGACAUAUGUAUCCUGUGGAGAGGGAAUUAGGCCAUUUUAAGUCCUUUGUGCGGAAUAAGGCACAAGCAGAAGCUUCUAUAGCGGAGGGUUACUUAGCUGAAGAGACUCUUACCUUUUGUUCUCGGUAUAUGGAGGAUAUCGAGACAAGGUUCAAUAGACCUAGGCGUGUUCGUGAUGACCCAAAUGUCACGGAGCCUUCUGAAAUGUCCUCUAUCUUUCCUCAAUUAGGUAAACCAGGAUCAGCUUCUGAAAAUUUCCCUUUAACACAUAUGCAGAAACUACAAGCUCAUUAAUAUGUGCUUCUGAAUUGUGCAAUAGUCAUGCCAUUUGUGGAGUGAGUAACACUUACAAAGUUUACAUCUUUAUCGUUGUAAUGUUUGAAACAUGGCAGUCAUGUUCUUUAACAUUAAUGUAAUUAUUUCAUGUAGUGAAUUUAGGCAGUUCAUAAGGAGGAGUUCAAGAGGAAGACGACCUUCACCUACAGAGAUCGAGAGGAGAGUAAAUAAAGAUUUUUUUGAUUGGUUCCUGAGGAGGAUUAUGAAUCCAGACAUAAUGGACACAAUGUCUACUGAUCUAAAAUUUCUAGCACGAGGUCCAUCGGUAAAUGCAAGAAGAUUUACUGCAUAUAACAUUAAUGGGUUCAAAUUUCGAACUUUGGAUCGAGAAAAAGGUCUGAAAACACAGAAUAGUGGAGUUUUUUUAACCUCUAACACAUCAUGUGUUGCAAGCAGUGUUGACAGAAAUUUACAACAAGCUGACUUACCAUAUUAUAGAAAGUUAGAAGAUAUAAUUGAGAUUAAUUAUAAUGGUCGGUUUAAGGUGGUUCUUUUCAAAUGUAUAUGGGCUGACACUACUCGAGAUAGAGGGUAUAAAAAGGAUCGUUGGAGUUUUAAUUGUGUUAAUUUUGAUAGAGUGAUUCAUACUGGUGAACGUGAAGAACAUGAGCCUUACAUCGAAGCAUUUCAAGCACAAAUGGUAUAUUAUGUGGAUGAUGUAGUCAAUAAAGGGUGGAGUGUUGAUGUGCAUCUAAAGCCAAGAGAUUUGUAUGAAAUGGCAGAAGAAGUAGUGGAAGAUGAAGUAUAUGAGAAUGAGCCUUACCAAGAGCAAGAACUUGAACAGUUUUUUGGCCAUGGAGAUGAGUAUAUACAACUGGCUACAGACCAUCUGAUUAAUGAGGAAAAUGUUGUUACUAACUUACCAGCAGAUGCAAACAUGUCUGAAUAGAAAACAUACUUUAUAUGGUGCUUUAUCAAAAGAUAACACUAUUGCAUAAUUAAGCAGUGCUUAUUUCAUUUAUUUUGUUUAAAAGUAUGUUCAGAAAUAACCAUAGGCGAUAGAGUUCAUAUCUGAUUCACUUGUUUACACUAUAUUGCUUGUGACUUGGUUUGAUUUUAUUUGUUUAUAUUACAUUACCUUAAGAAGCCUAUUUGGCAUUUGAUACAAUGUCACAACAGAGAUUGUCACUAGAACAAUAAUACUAUUGAGUUUGGUGUUUCAGAGUAGUUCCUUAAGUUUUUGAAAGAUGAUAUAUUAGUUUCAGACAUUCAUAGGUUGAGUAGUUUUAAUUCCUUUAUUUAUGAGUUAGAUUACAGUUAUUUCACAUGUUAAAUUUCAAAUAGAAACACCUUUGAGAUAAAUGAGGCUAUUAAGCCGUUUGUUAUUCAUCAUCUAUGUUUUUUAUUUGAACAUGAAGAUAUUAUCCCGAACAGAGAAGAACGGUAAAAUGGAAGUAUGUAAUGAAAAUUUAUAUCUGCAAAUCAUCAUUGCAGUGUUUUAUAAGAAUAGAUGUACUGUAAGAAAUAUGGGAUUGUAAUAUCUGUAGCACAAACAAAAUAGAACAACAGUUUGGGAAAUUUUGGAGGUGAAAAUUAGAGAAAAUGGAAUAGAAGAUAGGAUACUUACUGGAUCAAUGAAGCUCAGAUAGUUUCUUAUAAGUUUCUGUCUUUUCUUACAAUUCCUAUUCUUACAAGUUUCUGUCUUCUCAUGUGUUUGCUAUAUUUUGGAACUUCAUUGUCCAUGAGGUAGAUUGAUUAAGCCACUUGAUUAGGAAUUUGUGACUGUUACUUAAUAUCUCUUAGUUUUAGAAAUUUGCUUCUAGCCGCGUUGCGGGGACACUUUUGCAUGCAACCAAAAUUUGAUUUGUACGUAGGGUGCCACGACUAAUAUAUUAGUACUAUUUUCUAACGACAUACACCAAAUUCUUACGAAACUUUUCGAGUGCCGGUGACCCCUCUUUUUAUAAGUGUGAACUACUAUUUUUGAUAUGGUAUGCCUACAUGGAAUUGUUAUAUCCAAGUCAAUCAUCUCAUAUUACUCCUGCAAUCUUUAAAUUUACUGGUUUCCAUGGCUAGAAAUUGUGAGAUGGUCACAUUUGUUUUCUGCUUACCUUAUGCAUCUAGAUAUUCUGAUGUUUUUGAACUUAAAAUUUCCUUGCCAUUUGUUUACCCAAUUAUCUUAAGGCUGUUGCUAGAUUUUCCUAUAUGCAUGACAUUGAGUUAUUUAAGAUGCUAUUUGGUUCUUCAUUUUCUUUUACUUUAUGUUUGGUAAUUUGAUAGUGGUGUGUCCAUGAACAAAUAUGCUGACUUAUACAGGCGAGAUGUAGGCCUCUGUGUUAAUCAGGUCAUACGCUAUGAUGUUUAGAGAUUUAGCAAUAUGGAAGACUUCAUUACGAUCAAGAGUUAGAGAAAUGUUAAUAGGCUAACUACUACUACUACUUUGUAUUAUGGAUAUUUGUUGACACUAGCUUUUGGAUUCAAAUAGUGUAUAUUUCUUUUUCUGUGUUGACUCAUUGGCUUCAAACGAUAACCAAUUUGUAUA